AUGAGAUACUUCUCCGGGGCUUCAAUUCGUUACGGGACAGCAGAAAUGAGACAAAAGAGGGGACAGAUACACAAUAUAGUCAAGCUAAUAGCAAUGACAAGAAUGACAAAUGAUGCCAACAUUGUUUUCGAGUGUUCCAACCAAGAAAAAAUUAAAGAACUGCAAUCAAGCUUGGGGAAAUUGUUCCAAGACAGUACUUUGGAAUGCUCUACAUGGACAAAAAAAACCGCUGAAAUGCCGUGUCACCUUGUGCUCCCGGACGAUGAACCUGAAAACAAAGAUGACAGUUCCUCCUUUGAAAUAUUAAGUGAAUCUGAUAGUUGUCGUGUGGCAACUUCCCUUUGCCUUGAUCUCCAAACUGAAGAUCCUAAAGAAAAUACUAUAAUGGAGCUUCGAUGUUACGUAAUGGAAGUUAAACAGUUUAAUUCAGAUGGUCAUGCAUUAUGGUCUCUCGGGGAUUAUUUCGAAAUCAUAUCAAAGGAGGAAUCUGAAAAAGACUACGAUGAUCGGAUAGCAUGGGACGUUUUAAAUGACGGAAUUGCGUUUGUGCUACAUAAAUAUACACCAGGAGAAUUAGAUAUUCCCUCCUCAAUCAAGGAUGAUAUAAAAAAGAAAAAGCAUUAUUGA